AUGUCGUCUUUCACAAGCAAGAACAGUCUCUAUUUAUUGCUUUUAAUACUGUCAUGUAUAUCGACGAUACAGGCCCAAUUUUUCGUGCAAUCAUCAUCUUCUAAUUCAUCAGCUGUGUCCAGCACACGUCCUUCCAUAAGUUCAGUGAGUUCAUCAAGUACCUUCUUAUCAUCGAGUAUGGUUUCUUCUUCGGGUGCUGAUUCAUCUUCCUCUACUUCAUCAGCAUCAAGUAGAUCCGUCGUAUCGCAUACUACCUCGUCUACUAGCGUUGCCUCCGUAUCGUUCACGUCAUUUAGUUUCUCAUCUGUUUCAAGCACUAGCAGCUCUUCCUCUGCUUCUUCGGAUUUUUCAUCCUCUUCAUCCUCUUCAUCCUUUUCCAUGUCAUCAACUUCCUCAACUUCCGAGUCAUCGACAUCGUCUACACCAACCUCAACAUCUUCUUCGUCUUCGUCAUCAUCAACGUCGUCUCCUUCUUCUUCAUCAUCAUCAUCUCCGUCAACAAUCACUUCUGCGCCUUCAACCUCCUCUACACCGUCUACUACUACUUACAAUCAAGGAAGCACUAUCACCAGUAUUAUCAAUGGUAAGACAAUUCUUUCAAACCACUAUACUACGGUUACCUAUACACCAUCAGCGACUGCUGAUUCAAGUAAUAAAUCCAAAAGCUCAGGUCUUUCCAAGAAAAAUAGAAAUAUUGUCAUUGGUUGUGUGGUUGGUAUUGGUGUACCACUGAUCUUGGUAAUAUUGGUCUUAAUUUACAUGUUUUGUAUCCAGUCAUCGAGGACCGACUUUAUUGAUUCAGAUGGUAAGGUCGUUACAGCCUAUAGAGCUAACAAAUUUACUAAAUGGUGGUAUAUGCUUUUGGGUAAGAAAGUAAGUGAUGAAUACCACUCUGAUUCACCAUUGGGUGGUAGUGCAUCGUCCGCAGGUGGUCUAGACCUGGAUGAGGCAGAUGACGUGAUGGAUCAAAGUUCCCUUUUUGACAUGAGGAUAAGGGAUAGCGAUAGCGUAUUACCAACCGCCAACAACGCUAAUCAUGAUAAUACCAAUAGUGGUGGGGAGCAUAUGAAUAGUAGCGUUGCAUCGAACGAUAUAGUAGAAGAAAAAUUCUAUGAUGAACAAGGUAACGAAUUAUCACCACGAAAUUAUUAG